GAGAGGCUCUAGGGGGGAGCAAAACCAAAAACAAGAACAAGAACAACAUCAACAUCAAGUUUGGUUGGUGUUGUUUCAUUUUCAAAUAAUCUCUCUCACCAUGAUGAAUAACAUGGCCUAUCCCAACAAGGCCUUCUUCCUCUUUGUCAUGUUCUUUUCUGCAUCUCUUCACCUUGGCAUGUUUGAUACUUCUCUUGAUCAGCUUCUGCCUGGCCUAGGACAAGGUGCGUUUCUACAAGAUGCAAAAUGCAUGCAAAGGCUUCUUCCAUGCCAAGAAUACCUGAAAUCUCCAAACAACCCUUCUCCGGCUUGUUGUGAGCCAUUGAAGGAGAUGCAAGAAAAUAACACGCAAUGUCUUUGCAAUUUCGUUAACAGCACUACUCUAUUUCAGUCCCUUGGUGGUUCCAAGGAUGAGAUCUUGAAGCUCCCCCAAGCUUGUGGCAUCAAUUUUGACCCUUCUAAGUGCAACAACACAGGAGGAGGAGGAUCCCAAGAACAAAGCUCAACAGCAGCAUCAGAAGGUGAAUAUGCUGUAUCUGAAGAGGAAACUUCUGAAUCAACAAGUUCAACAAAAAUGAUUACGCCACAUGGAAUCAUUUAUUUUGGUGUACCUGGUUUUGUUGCAUUGUUGACAGCUCUAGUAUUUUCUUCAUACUAGGCCUAUGUACGAGUUUGCUUACUGUUGAAAUUUAUGUCUUGGUUCUGCGAAUUUUCAUGUGAUCAUUACAGAAUGAGUAAAGAACAUGUUCCCAGAACUCUCUAUAGUGCAAAGCAUUUUGAAUUUUAAUUUUGCAGUGGCAGAUAUAUUUAGGGUCAUCAUUCACCUGAUUCAUCAAAUUCAAUUUAUAUUGAGUAAAUUCUUUUGGAAGAUUUGUUCA